UUAAUAUCAAUUUUCGGACUUUGUUUAUAGCAAUACAUCUGUACUAGAGGGCGCCUAAAAUUACCGAUUUAAACAUGGGAGAAGAGGGAAGAAAUUUUAGAAGUUAUUAUUAUGAUAAAGUUGGAUUUCGAGGUGUUGAAGAGAAAAAGUCGUUAGAAAUGUUGUUGAAAGACAAACCCAUAGAUUUAGCUAAGCUCCUGAAAUUUUGUGUGUGCUUUUCCCUUCCGGCGAUGUAUAGGGAAUAUGUUUGGAAAUUGCUUCUUGAUAUACUUCCAACUAAUCCUGAAAGUCAGAAGUUUGUGACAGAUGUCCAGAGAGAGCAGUUUAAUGAUCUCUACCAUGCACUAGAAGUAAUGAGAAAAGUCAAUGAGAACACUCCUUUACCUGAAGUUGUUGCACAGAUGUUUCUCUUAGAAGAGGGAAAUUUUUGGCUAGAUCAAGAACAGCAGGUAAAUUCAAUUUCAACAUCAGGAGAAGAAACUUUUCAUGUUAACUUGUGGAUAUGGGAUAAAGUCAUUGGAAGUUCCUCUGCCAUCUUAGCCUUUGUUGGUGCAGCAAUGCUAAUUACUCUCAGGCGAACACUUUUGGCAAUGGAUAAUAGUGAAGAAGUUAUCAAGUAUAUCAAAAAGGUGCCUGAGGACACUGCAGACAGAGUAGUAAACAAGGCUCUUGAACUUUGGCAUUUGAAGCAAGGAGGUCAACAGAGAUGAAAAUCAACAGAUUAUAAUUUUCUUCAUGUGAAAUGAUGAUGUGCUGCAAGUUCUGAGAAUUAAUUUCAUUUUUUUUUUUACUUUUCAAGGAAUGUAUUGUGACAUAAUGAACUUUCUUUUAAGUAUAUUGUAUUCUGUUGCAUAUUAGGCUUAAUUUAUUAACUUUGAAAUGUUUGAAAUCAUAGGCCACAUGUUAGUUUACUGAAACUACUUGUUAUCAGUUUUCUUGGCCAUAAAAUAUCAGUGCUAAAAUUAGUAAGGGAUUGGUUCUCAGAUACAAAGACAAUUCUAGUAUAAAUUGUGUAUAGUUCAAUGAAGUAAACUGUGUAAAAUAGUUUAUGAAAUCUAUGUUGAAAUUUAGUAAAUGUUGCUUGUGUAUUAAAUUAUCCAUGACAAAUUAAUAUACCUGGUAGACAGGUAUUUUUGCAAUUUUUAUUUGUUCUGUUAGAUCGAAUAGUCAUCAAAUUUUCAGUAUGUAAUAGAAUGUAAUUCUUGUUGAAUCAAAUUUUUUAUGGUACAUGGUUUUUGAGAAUAACAUUGUUGUUGAACAUUGAUCAAAUGUUUCAUUAUGACUUUUUCUUUUUAUCUGUUUAAAUAUAUAUAAUAUAUGCAUGUAUGUCAAAUCAAGAACAUCUGUAAUUAUAGUAAUCAACUUGUUUCACUGAAUACUUGUACGAUAUUAAAUUUGGAGCUUGUGAAUUUUUCUGAUAUGUUCAAAUGAUAUAAAUAUGUAAAAUUGGGAAGAAACAGAAACUAAUUAUCAUAAAUUCCUGAUGUUUAAGAACUAGUUAUAAAUUUAUAUGAUGUAGCAAUAAAACUUUUUUUUCACCUUAAUUAUUUUUUUUGCAGAAAUUUGUAGUCUUCUAGAGAGGUUUAAGACCCUGUGUUUUGAACUAUAGAAACUACUAAAAGCAGAUGUCAAUUGUUUAUUAAAAAAAGUGUUUGAAAUGA